CAUCGCGGCUAGCUCCGUCGUGUAAUCUCGAGAGGUUUGCAAAGCCAAUUAAGCGUAAGAUCGAUCAAUGGCGCCGCGAUGCCUGGCUGCUCUUGCACCCCUGGCCGUGCUGCUGCUGCUCUCCUCCUGCCUCGCCGCCGCUCCGGCGACGGCGCAGCAGAGCAGCAGCAUCGGCGACACCGUGGUGUUCUGGGGCCGGAACAAGGCCGAGGGCUCCCUCCGUGAGGCCUGCGACACCGGCCUCUACAACACCGUCAUCAUCUCCUUCCUCAGCGCGUUCGGCCGCGGCAGCUACAAGCUCGACCUCUCCGGCCACCCCGUCGUCCCCGUCGGCGGCGACAUCAAGUACUGCCAGUCCAAGGGCAAGACAGUCCUCCUCGCCAUCGGCGGGCAGGGCGGCGAGUACUACCUCCCGUCCUCCCAGGCCGCCGCCGACCUGGACGACUACCUCUGGAACGCCUUCCUCGGCGGCGGCCGCAGCGGCGUCGCCCGCCCAUUCGGCGACGCCGUCGUCAACGGCAUCGACUUCUUCAUCGACCAGGGCGCGACGGAGCACUACGACGAGCUGGCCAGGCUGCUCCACGGCCACAGCAAUGGCGGCGUGAUGCUGACGGCGACGGCGCGGUGCGUGUUCCCGGACCAGCGGCAGCAGGCGGCGCUGGCGACGGGGCUCUUCAGCCGCAUCCACGUGAAGCUGUUCAACGACGGGCGGUGCACCUGGGGCCGGAGAGAGUCGCUGGAGAAGUGGGCGGCGGCGUACCCGGACAGCCGGAUCUACGUCAGCAUUGUGGCUUCGCCGGAGGCGGACAGGGACGCCUACAUGUCGCACAAGGAUCUCUACUUCGAUGUGCUGCAGUUCAUCAACAAGCUCCCCAACUACGGAGGCAUCAUGGUCUGGAACAGGUACUGGGACAAGAAGACCGGCUACAUCAACGGUGACGUGUUCUAAUUCCUUAUUAAGCUAAACAUAUAUUACCAAGAUGAAUAUGAUAUGUUAAAUGUGUAAUAUGUUGAACAAUGUACAAAUAAAGUGAGGUCAGUAUGUGCAGAUCUCACGUACAGUGAAUUACUAACUGGUGGUGAUUGUAAUUUGUAAUUCCAAUUUGUAUAUUUUCCGGAUUUCGUGGAUGAUGUGGUUUCUUA